ACAAGAGACAAACUGUAAAAAUUUGAUAGAAAAACAGGUGUUUCAACAAAAAAAAAAUUUAGAAAAAAUAGAAGAAAGCAACAGUGCGUGUUUCUUCAAAAAUAACAAGAAAAAAAAAUUAUGGCUCCUCCCCGUCCAACAACUCCACGGUCAGAAGAUGGAGAAGGAAAACCUCCUAGAGCUUUUGUUCGUCAAUGUGUUUUUUAUGAAAAAUAUGGAGGGUGUAAAUUUGGAAAGGACUGUUUUUAUGCUCACAAUGAUGAAAUGACGUUGGGGGUUAGGGUAAGGGUUUAUUUUGAAUUUUUUAAAAAAAUAUUAGGCCUGAUUUACAAGCAAACGAGGGUUGAAAAUGGCGGAGCCGUUCAUUUCACACCCGUCUCAGUCCAGUCCAGGACCCUAUAA